AUGAUAUCUCGCUUAGGCCCCAUCGGUUUAAUUCCAUUUUCUCCACUCAUGCUUAGAAUUCAAAUUCAAUUAGAUAACUUUCGCAAAAGCGUUGGUGGAGAAAUAAGGCUUCGUGAUAUAAAAAAAUACGCAUUUCAUUCUUUUUCUGAGUCCUUGACUGACUUUUGGUUUUUGUGGUUGAAGCGCAAGUGGAAUGCCUUGGGACAAGAAAAGUUAAUUUUGAUUGUUGCGUAA